AAGUGUUACUCACUGGGAAUGUGACUGCGCCUUCGCUCGGGGCCCUGGAUUCUUAGGCUGGAGAGGAGGGAAACGGGGCUCUGGGGAGCCCACUGCCAACCAUGGAGCCCUCUGGGGAAGCCUCCAGCGCUGGCCUCCUGCCCCCCACCAGGUCCAGCUCUGCCUCCAGCCUGCCGGGAGACCCCAUCUAUGACAUCCCUGAGGCCGGGGGGGAGCAGGCCGGCCAGCGCCGGGGCUCUGGGCGCACCGUCAGCCUGCGGGAGCGGCUGCUGCUCACCCAGCCCGUGUGGCUCCAGCUCAGCGCCAACGCUGCGGCUGCCCUCCACGUGCUCCAAAGGGAGCCCCCCGGGACGUUCCUGGUUCGGAAAUCCAACACCAGGCAGUGUAAGGCCCUGUGUGUCAGGCUCCCCGAAGCCUCUGGACCUUCCUUUGUCUCCAGCCACGACAUCCGGGAAACCCCUGAGGCUGUGUCCCUGGAGGGCUCUGAACUCUCCUUCCCAGACCUGAUCCAGCUCAUUUCCACAUACUGUCACAGUCGGGACAUACUGCUCCUCCCUCUCCAGCUGCCCAGAGCCAUCCGCAGAGCCACCACCCACAAAGAGCUAGAAGCUAUAUCUCACCUGGGAAUGGAGUUCUGGAACUCUUCUCUGAACAGCAAGGCCCAGCGAGGCCUCGCGGCCCCUUCGGCCGAGGCCCCACCAAUCCCCCGACUGAAGCCUCGGUCCCCAGAGGAGCUGGACCAGGGGACUGGAGGAGCCCUUUGCUUUUUCAACCCCUUGUUCCCCGGGGAUCUGGGACCGGCCAAACGGGAGAAAUUCAAGAGGAGCUUCAAGGUUCGAGUGUCCACUGAGACCUCCAGCCCAUUGUCUCCCCCUGCCGUUCCCCCACCCCCUGUGCCGCUGCCCCCCGGGGGUCCCCCUGCCCAGACUCAAACUGUGCCCCCUCGCAGGCCACUGAGGAGGGAAAGCUCGGGGGGCUACCGGGUCCCAGGGAGUGCUGGCCCAACCGCACCUCCCCUCCCCUCCCUGCCCUCCCUCCGGGAGGUGGACAGCGGCUCCCCCAGCAGCUCAGAGGAGGAGGGGGGGCCGCCCAGGAGCCCGGCCUCGUCCCCUCGCCCGGGGCGGCGGCGUCGGCUGCUUCGAUCCAUGAGCGACGCCUUCUGCUCCCUCCUGGCCCCCGAGAGGCAAGUGGCCCGAGCCGUGGUGGAGCUGGCCCAGGACAGGCAGACGGUCACUGGGCAGCUAGUACAAGACCUGUUGACCCAGGUGCGAGCGGGGCCGGAACCCCGGGAGCUGCAGAAGGUGCGGGAGGUGCUGAGCCAAGCCCAGACCCUGUUGGUGGCUGAGCUGGCCCAAGAGAAGCUAUUAGCUGGGGGGCGUGUGAUAGAGAAGUCUCUGCAUCGCUCAGUGCUGAAGCCCCUCAGGCCUGUCCUCCUGGCCCGCCUGCGGCUCCGCCUUGCCAAAGACGGCUCCUUGGGCCGGCUGACACAAGGCCUCCAGUUGGCGAGGGCGCAGGGGCCCGCAGCCUUUGGAAGCUGCCUCAGUCUCCCCUCCCCAUCAGAGAUGGAGCGCAUUCGUCAGAAGCUGCUGAAACUCCUCCGGGGCUACUCUCCCACGGCCAAGGUCACCCGUCUUCUGCAGGCCUGCAAGCUGCUCUACAGGGCCCUGAGGAGCUGGGCAGGGGAGAGUGCCGGGGCCGAUGAAUUCCUGCCCCUGCUCAGUGCCGUCCUGGCCCAGUGUGACCUCCCCGACCUGCUGCCCGAGGCCGAGUACAUGGCCGAACUGCUUGAGCCCGGCCUGCUCACAGGGGAGGGGGGUUACUGCCUCACCAGCCUGGCAGCCAGCCUGACCCUGCUCGGGAGUCUGGGCCAAGCUGGGUCACAGCCCAUCAGCCCAUCGCAAGAGCUCCAGCGUUCCCUCAGCCUCUGGGAACAGCGAAGGCUCCCUCCCACCAGGAACUUCAAGCAUCUCCUUCGGGUGGCUUACCAGGAUCCCGUCAACGGCUGCACCUCCAAGACCUUGGCCCUGCCCCCGGGCUCCUCCGCGGCCACCCUGUGCCUGCUGUGUGCCACCAAGUUCCGGGUGUCGAGGCCCGAAGCCUUCGCCCUCUUCCUGCAUGAUGAGAAGGGCUGCCGCCGCCUGGCCCCCGACACCCUGCCCCAUGACCUCUCGGGCCCUGGCUACCUCAUCUACCGGCAGGUGGAGGGAGCCCUGAAGGCCGAGAUCCGUGGACCCAGCGCUGCAGAGGAGGUUCCUGGGGCACAGGGGGCAGCAGCGGGGCUAAAGCUGGAGAGCCAGAGCCCGGAGGGAGGAGGAGGGAGGGCGGGGGAGACGGAGGCAGGAGAGGGCAGAGGGGCAGGAGGAGGUGAGACGGAAGUGGGCAGAGGCCAAGGGGUACCCAGGGUCCGUGAGGAGUGACCGUCCGUGCCCGCGCUGGCACGUCCCCCUCUGCACUCACAACCGCUCUUUACACCCAAUUUUGGGGGAGGAGAUUGCCUUGGGGGGGCAGGGGUAGCCAGGCCUGGAGAGUUGAGACUGCUGCUGCUGAAUGAAUAAAGCAUUUAUUGAGCACUUA